AUCCUCUUCCCAGCGGAGGCUGGCCAGCUGUACGAGAAGCACUGUCGUCUGCUUCACUCGCUGGAGGAGCGCCUGCAGACCUGGCCGUGGCUCCCCAGUGUCGGGGACUUGCUCUGCAGAUUUAUUUCUGGAGAAGAUUCCGAAGUACUGCACAUGUACACCACCUACGUCGCUGGUUUUCCAGAACUUCUCAACACCUUCUACAGACUGUGCCGCACAUCGAGCCAAUUUGCAGAAUUCCUCAAGAGCCGGCAGCAACACCCGAACUGUCACGGUCUGGACCUGGCGGCGCUGCUGCUCUCGCCGGUGCAGCGGGUGCCGCGCUACCUGCUGCUGCUGCAGCAGCUGCUGCGACGCACGCCGCCGGAGCACGCCGACCACGGACCACUGCAGACGGCGCUGCAGGCGCUGCGGGAGUUCCUGGCGCGGCUGGACCACUCCAUGGAGAACUCGCUUCGCUUGGUCAAGCCCCGCGAGGCCGCCGCCAGGGAGCGCGACAAUAGGGUCUCCAAGCCGGCGCGUCGGGCUCCCGGACUCUCAAAGGCAGCUUUCAGCGCCGUGCUGCUGCUUCACUCUCUGACGCUCGACGACCCGUGA